AUGUCUUGGAGGUAUGAGGAUGUAGCCGACGCCUGCGGGAAAGUGCUGAAUGAAGAGAAAAGUCCAAAGAGCCGAUCUCUGCUCAAUCAAGUUAUGAAGGAUCUUGAAGGAGUUAUUAUGGCUGUAAAAGGUGGAGACGAAAAAAAAGAUGAAGGAAGUAGUAAAUCUUCUCAGAGUAAAGAGAAGUCUAGUACCAUGGAAUUAGGGGAAGUGGAACUAAUUCGUUUGGGAUUUGCGUGCCGAUUAGCUCUCCUAGGAAACUGUGAGAAUAGAUUCUCAAGCAAAAGUUCAAUUGCUUCUCUUGAGUUUGCUACCAUCCUUCUUAAUUCUGGUCUAAUUCCAACUAGGGUUAUAGUUACGCCUCCUGAAGUAAAUGUACCAGAGAUUUCACCCGGUGGAGCCGGUGACUUUUUUUCAAAAAUUUUAGGUAGUGGAACAGGCGGUGGUAAAGGAUCAACGCGUUCUGAUACCAAGGAGACAAUACCAAAUACUGAAAAAGUAAAUCUUUUUAUUACAAUAGUAGAAGGAGUUUUGGCUCUUUCAAAACGUAUUCAAAGUAAAGAAGUAAAUGAAAACGUUUUAUUUUCCUUGGUUACAGCUCUUCAAGCCUCAGCUGUUCCUAUGUGUGGUAGAGCAUUAUUCUACGAAAAAACACGUAAUAAUUGUAGUGAUCAGUUUCUUGCUGUUUGUGGUGAUCUACUAUUGCGGAUAGUUAAAGAGUUGUUUAGUAUAUUAAAACGAAAUAAUGUUAUUCCUCCUUUAAUGGAGGAAGUAAAAUCUGCUUUGAAUAACAUUGCCAAAGCACUAUCAAAGUCAGUAGAACACGAAACAAUAGGACUGAAUGGAGGACAAUUAGUUGAAAGCAAUCAAGCUGACGGAGGGUUUCAAGUAGAUGCUGCUAAAUUGUUGGAGUAUUUUUCUAGACUUACAAAGUCUUCAGUGUUAACUCAAUCAUCAGUUAAUCAACAAGGAAAUUCUGUGGGAAUCAUUAAUUCAUCUAAUGAAUCGUCUGUUGUUUUACUUACUGCAUUAGGACUUAAUCUUCACCUUAUUGUGAAUGGUGGUCCAGUUUUUAGGAACUCAAAAGUUAUAUUAACAUCUUUGAAAUCUUCCGUAAUCCCUUCUACUUUGAGUGCUGCAUUAUUAAAGGAUUUGGAUGCGUUUAGAUUAUCAGUUAAUGUUUUAUUAACAUGUUCAAUUACCUUUGGACAACUUAUGGUAAAUGAGACAGAGACAAUCUUUCGGCAUUUGUUCUUUCGGGUUUUAGAAUCUAAAACAAGUUCUUUAACUCAAAAAUCCUUGGUUGUUGAGGCAUUUCGACGAUAUAUUGAAGAACCACAAAACCUUCUCUCUCUAUUUUUAAAUUAUGAUUGUAAUACACGUUCUCAGAGUGUUUAUGAACAAAUGAUAGGAUAUUUGGUAGCAUUAUCUAUUCCAUCUUCUUUAAGGAGCUCAGAUGUACAAGAUCGAAAUGAUUCUAGUUUUGAGAAAAUUAUCUUGGAUUUUUCAGUUCCUGAAACUCUUCAAAGAAGUGCAUUGACCACUCUUUUAUUAGUUCCUUAUUCAAAUCGUCAAUGGAUUGAAAGGUUUGAAUGUGACCAGAAAUCAUCAUUCCCUCAAGCCGAAAGUUUUAUAGGUUCAUCUGUUCUCUCUGAAUCGGUGAAUAAUCCAGAUAAAAGUGAUGAAAAUCAGAGAGAUAUGACUGCUCCGAUGAGUACAGAAAAUGAAAAUGAACACUUUAUUCAAGCUAUUCGUACAAAAGAAGCAUUUCGUAAGUUUCUUUAUCUUUUGAAUGAGACAAGAGAUUCUAUAAGUGCUAUUGAAUUUCUGACAAACGAACCACUUCUUAUUCCAGAUAUUGGUGAUAAAAAAUCAAAUACUGUGGAUCCUAUACAAAAAAAAGAUGUUAAUGAGAGUUCUGAAUCUUUUCCACAUUUGGGGGGAAAUUUGAAUCAUGAGAAAAACUAUUCUGAAACUAUAGAGGAAAAACUAGAAGAGAAAGCCAGUGCUAUUGCAGUUUUUUUAAAAGACAAAGAAGAUUAUAUAGAUAAGUUAGUACUUGGUGAUUUGUUUGCUAAAAGUCUUCGUAAACCUAAAUUGCGUAUGAUUUUCGUAAAGUGGAUAGAGCAACAUUCAUUUGCUGGAAUGACUCUUGAUGUAGCUCUUAGGCUUUUUUUAGGAGGAUUUAAACUUCUUGGAGAAGCUGAGGUUGUUGAUAAAACCAUGGAACUUUUUGCAGCACAAUAUUGUAAGGAGAAUCCAACCAAUUUUCGUUCUGCGAACACAGCAUUCAUUUUAUCUUUCUCAAUAUGUAUGUUAAAUACCGAUGCUCAUAGCCCCCAUGUGAAAAACAAGAUGACACUUGAUGGUUUUAUUCGCAAUAAUAGAGGUAUUGACGAAGGAAAUGAUGUGGAUUCUAAUUUGUUAAAAGGAAUAUACGAACGAAUAGUAUCAAGUGAAAUUAAACUUCGUCCUUCAAAAUAUGUGCAUAGUACUUUAAAUGUUUCUUGCAAUAAGGAUAGUUCUGGGAAUAGGAAUCGAUCAACUAAGAGAAUCUCUACAGGGGCACUAGAGUCUAUUCCUAUUCUCAAACAUUUUGCUCCAGUUGCUAGAGCUAUAACUGAUACUGUUAUGAUACCAUUAGAUGUAGCAGGAAAUGUACUCUUCAAUACUGUUCAACGAAAACGGGAGGAAGUUUAUCAAGCAGAACUUUGUGCUGCUUUAAAAGACGUUAUUGAAGCACUUGAUACUACUGAUGCUUUAAACCCAAGUUUUGUUGAGGCUACUAAAAUUGAAAAUGCAAUUCCAAUGUGGUCUGUUACUGUUGAUUACAUAGUUAAAACUCUUGUGUAUGCGUUUGAAAAUUUUAUUACUCUUGCAGAAACUGUUAUUUCUCCUCAAAAUGUUCAAGGGAACCAUGAUGUUACACUUGUGUUCCUUGCGAACUCUCAAAAUCGGGAUUACUUUGAUAAUCUUCUUCGAGGUCUAGUUAACACAGUUCGUGUAUGUUGUGAUCUUGGUAAUAUUUCUCAUGCUGAAGACCUUAUUGAACGAUUAUUUAUUUUAACUCAAAUUGAGAAUGUUGUGAAAGUUUCUCAGCAAACGAAAUCUACUGUUACUUUAUCAAAUGGAAUAACGAAACCAAGAAUUGAGUUACUUGCGACAUUAUUAAACUUAUUCUUGGUUAAUGGCUCUUCACUUACUACAAGGAGUUGGUGUAUAGCUUACACUGGAGUAUCAUUAUUAGAUUUGAUUGCUAAUGGUAUAGAAGGGAUAUGGAAAAGGCAAGGAAGUAAGUUAUUAUUAACUGAAGAAGAGCAACCCCCUCCAGAUACAUGGUUUGGAAAUCUUGAAGUUCCUCCUUCUUUUGAUAAGAGUUCUCUCAAAAGGCGUGCCAUGAUUUUAGGUACUCUGAGAAGUGUUUGCUCUGUAGAUGUAUGGCUUGAUCGGUUAUUUGAUGCUACAGAAUAUCCAUCACAAACACAAGUUUUUAUGUCAAAUGCUUUGGCUUCUGUGUGUGAAAAAGAAUUGAAAUGUUCACGUUCUUUUUCUCUGACUAAAUUAUUUGAUUUUGUUAAAGUUUGUGCUUCAUUCAGUUCAAGAAUGCAGUGGAGAGAUUUAUGGACUAAUGCUAGUAAAGUUUUUACUUUAGCUGGUUCAAUGCCUUUUGAUAUAGCUAGUUUAGCUUUGGGAGGACUUCGAAUUAUUGCGCUUACAUACCUUAUACGCGAGGAACUUUUAAAUUAUUCAUUUCAAAAAGAAGUACUUAUCCCAUUUGAAGCUAUUCUUAUGGUAAAUCAAGAUGUCAAAAUUCGACAAAAAGUAAUUGAAACAAUAGCAGAACUUAUAGAUUUUCGUGCUAGUCAUUUAGCGAGUGGAUGGAAUGUUGUCUUUUCUAUUUUGAGUCAUAGUGCUGUGAUUCCAGAGGUUGUUAACUCGGCAUGGGAUGUUUGUGAAAAUAUAAUAACUUCACAUGUUGUCCUUAUGAAGGAUUGUUUUAGUGAUUUAGUUUUUUGCUUAAAAUCGUUUGCAUGUAAUAAUGUUGAUGAAAGAAUUGCUUUACUUAGUACUUCAUAUCUAAAAGCAUGUGGACACUGGCUUCAAUUUGGAUUAGAACCUCCACCAACAGAUGUACGUGAUGCUAAUGCAGUUUCUCAAUGGGCAAGUAGAUUUAAAGAUGCAGAUAGUGAAGCACGUGCCUCACAGUUUAUGAUUGGAAUACCACGGGUUACGUUAUCAUUGGCUCCUAUUACUUCAAAUCAAAAUUUAGAGAAAUCUACUAGUCUUACUGUAAAAACAAACUACGAUUUGUGGAUGUCACUAUUAGAAGAAAUGUUUCCUAUUACUUUAAUUCAUCCUUCUGUGAGAGUUAGAGCCCAUGUUAUAUGUUCUUUGUGGUCUCUUAUUGGACAAUAUGCAAUCGCUUUCUCUACUGACAUACAGGACUCUCUAUUUGGUGAAAUUCUAAGACCUGUUAUAUCUAAUCUUCUUAUGCAUGCACCAGUUGAAGAAGAAAAGAACCUUGAUUCCAUGGACUACAAGUUACUUACUUUUCUAAAUAUUAAAAGUAUGUUUCUUGCUUGUUUAAAACAUCCUCACCUUUUAAAUCUUGCAUGUGAAACCUUUACAUCAAUUUGCACAACAUCAUUAUCUUUAGAAAAUGUUAGAGCAGGUCUUGUGGAUGUGAUUUUACGAUUAUGUGUUGAUCUUAAACCUCAAAGUAGUUAUAUUCUCCAGGAUUAUAUAGGUACGGCCCGAGAACCAUGGGUAGGGAGGUUGUGUCAUGAAUUAACACAAAUAGGAUAUGUUGAUGUUAUUCAUUUUAAGAGAACUUCGAGUUGGACUGAAUUGCAUCAAACAGUUGCGGUAACAUCAUCUACAGUUGAUCUCGGAGCUAGUAUGGGGGAAGAAGCAAAAACUAUCAUUACUAAUACUGUUAUAACUUGUCUUGCAGAUGGUGUUAUUCUUCAACUUUUCUCUACUACAAAUCGUUGUGGAUCGCAGCAAGAUCAUUUUCUUUGUUCCAAAACGAUACGUAGAGCAUAUUUAGUUCUCGCUUUUUAUUGCUUAGAAGAUAUAACUGAAGGGGUAUUUUCAACAAUAUUGUCUGGAUUUUCAUUAUCUGUAUCAAACAUACCUGAACAGUUGCUUCUUAUACCUUACUUAUGUCUGCUGAUCGAAUUUGUAUUCGUUUUACGUUCAAAUCCACCCACAUUCAGUGAAACACAAACAUUACAAAAUACACUUAACGUAAUGUAUCAGACAAUUCGGAAAUCACGUGAUUUUUGUGUCCAUCAUCAGGCAGAGUUGGUUAGUGCAUCUGAAAAUGAUAAAACUGAAGGAGAUCAAUUGUAUGGUUCUAGAAAACAUAGGGGUCGUACCUUUAUAGAUAUAUUUCGUUCUGGGAAAGCACCACUAACAGCUCAAGCAAAGCAUUUUUCUCGAACAGUUCCUGAAAGAUUCUUUAAUGAAUGGGUAUAUCUUAUAUAUAUCCUUGGCUUAAAAUUUGCUUUCUCAUAUAAAGGCAUCAUAGCUGACUCCAUCACUGCGUCAACUCUUCAUAAUAUCAUAUUAUUGUUACCCAGUGAGUUAGAAGAGGAAUUAGUGAAGCCUUUUUUUCUUAGUUCCUGGGAGGAACUUGACGUGGGGAUGAAUUUUGUUGAAGGCUCUGUCAUAUCAUGGGCUCUUGAUGUGUUGGAACGAAAAAAGAAUUUAGCCGUUAACUAG